CCCGUUUCAUCGUUGGCGGGUCCACUGAGUGGCGUGAAAGGAGGCGCUAGCGUCAGAGAUACACGACAGUCUAUAGAAAUGAGUUUUUGCUUGCCAUGCGGUAACAAUUGUUAGGCUGAUGUGUAUUGGAUCGAAUUGCAUUCUAUCAGCUGGAAGAAUUAGUGAUGGUUCAUGAGGAAAGGGAGCCGAUGAGGUGUCGAUGGCAUGGUUUCUUGGUCCAACUGCGAUCCACGGCACUUCGUUGGAUUUUUUUGUAUUCCCAAGCAUGAGGUCUUUAUCCAAUUUUGCGGAAAUGUGGAUCGAAUCGAGUGGAAGGCGGUUCUGGAGAGCCUCUGGUUGGAAACCUCUGCGAGCAGGUCAUGCAUCCUGCACGAGAUGGAGAAAACGUCGAAAUUACAUUUUACAGAGGACAAGCUGCUGGUAGUGGAAAGGUUAAUUAAACUGCAAAGUCGAUUGGGAGGGGAUUUCGAGCAAUUAUUAUUUCUGAGUACUCUGAAGUGUUGGCAUGAAGACUGAAAAGGCGGAAUGAUAACUUUUCGCAAGCCUUCUGUAAAGGAACCAUAAUAUAGAAUAAUUUUCUACUUGACUUUUUCGAUUCCGCACUACACGCAUAUUUUAUCCUUCGGCGAUCACCUUUCACUCCUCUAUAACAGAAGCUAGGAUAUCAUUGUUUCAUUGCAUUUGCAUUCGCUCUUCUUGCCCUGCGUAACGAUCUUCCUUGGUACCUUAUCGUAGCCACCAUCUUUGUUGCCACGAGGACUCAUCCAUUGUACCACUUCCCUGUCUUUAAGGAAUAGCUCUGCGUCGUCCGCUUCAUCGCCAGUCAAUUACAAACUCACCUGUAUCAACUACAUUCAAGGGAAGGUCAAUCCAAGAACGAUCUAGUAGAUCUUCUGCUUGGUCGUGUGACUUCGCAAGAAAAUCAAUUACCCUCGACAACUGCAGUCGAUUGUAGUUGGUUUUAUGUUACAAAAACUUUCCAAGUAAUCUGUAGCUUAGGUUCUUGGGGGACUUCUAAUAGCGAAAUGCUUGACUUCUUUUGUUCAUGAGCAAGGCGCUUUAUUACUCUGAACAACCGCUGAAAAUACUAAAACUUUCUGAAGAUUCCAUUGGAGAUUAUUUUGAAGCUUUUCCGUGCAACUGGGACAACUUCAAGCGCGCCGCCGAUCGCUGCAAUUUUAAAAGAAUGGUGGUGUCCGAGUCCUUGUUAGCUGCCCACAAUCUGAGUGUUCUGGGCAACGGCGACCAAGUUGUGGUUCUGGGGCAUGGGUUUGGAUCUGACCAAUCUAUGUGGAAGUAUGUAGUGCCGUCUCUGUUGAGCAAUAACUUCAGAGUCGUCCUAUACGACUUGAUGGGAGCCAGCACAACUGAUGCAAAUAAUUUCAGCUUCAAGAGAUACACUUCUCUUCAGUCAUUUGCUGAUGAUCUACUGGCAAUUCUAGACGAGCUUGAGAUCGAGAGCUGCGUGUACGUAGGACACUCCAUUUCAGGGAUGAUAGGUUGCCUUGCAUCUCUUGAAAAGCCAGAUAUUUUUCAAAAACUCAUUCUUUUGGGGGCAUCUCCAAGGUACUUGAAUGAUACGAACUACCAUGGAGGAUUUGAGCAGCAUGACCUUGACCAAAUGUAUGCCAACAUGAAAUCCAAUUUCAGAACGUGGGUAUCGGGGUUUGCGCCAGCUGCUCUAGGUGCCCACAUUGACAAUAGAGCAGUGCAAGAUUUCUCUCGAACAUUAUCCUCCAUGAGACCAGACAUCGCCUUCAGCAUCUCUCAAAUCAUAUUCCAAAGCGAUCUCCGAAGCAUAUUACCGCAGGUUACAGUGCCUUGCCACAUACUUCAAAGUAUGAAAGACUUGGCCGUUCCAGUCGAAGUGGCGGAGUACUUGAACAGCAACUUGGGUGGGUGGACAUCCAUUCGUAUUUUACAAACUGAGGGUCACAUACCUCAACUGAGCUCUCCGGAGUUGGUCAUUCCAGUACUUCUUCGCUGCAUUGAAGAUUAAAUAUCAAACUGGCAUGAUCAUUGCCUCGCAGAAUUUGCCGUGAAGUCAGAUCCUGCUGUAAUAUAUCGGCUUCAGAGGAGAAUCAGGAACUUGUCUCAGUAGUACUUAUCAGCUUUAGAAGAUCUUAAGCACGUCAAUCCUAGUUAAAUGGACCUCAAAUGAUGUCUGGAACGCCGCUUAAAAUCAAUGACUAAAUAGAACUUGGUAAUUCCAUGUAGCUCUGUGUUUUUGCAAUCAUAUGACCUGUGAGAGGGCAAAUGUAGGUAUAUAAACUCAGAGUAUUCUGUCAUUUAUAAGCUAUGUUGUUGCACUAGCAAAUAGAUUCUGAACUGAUUUUUCUUAGAGUUAGACCAUUACCACUCAAUCACUGCUUAUCUUCCCAACAUUAUAAACAAUACUGUUUUUUUUU